GUGUUGCGUUCUCGGGUGGUGACAUUUCAGCUAAUCCAAGCCAAGAGUAGAGCCACAGACACCGGUCACACUGGCAUUGGCAAGACUUUGGUUUCUUUCCCGGUGAAGAAUUCUGCUAAUAUUCGUGAAUCUGUGGCAGGUGAGACACGUGAUGCAACUGGCCUCUCCCAGUCACCAAACACAGUUCAGCCACAGAAUGGUGUGGGGUGUGAGGUCUCUAUAAGUGGGGAAGAGUGGUCUGAGAGGGAGGUACAGUCAAGCAGCAGAGAAGCACAGCAAGAAGAGGAGAGGACUAGCACAGGGCCACAACAGGCAGAAGACCCCUCCUCCAGCUCUGAUUCCAGCUCAGACUCUAGCUCUGACUCUGAGGACGAGCAGCCUGCAAAGGCACGUGACCCUCUGAGUUUAGAUCAGGAGACAUGGAAUGUGAAAGGGAAACCUACCGCAUCCUUACAGGGACUGUCCAGUGCUGAGAAGUCUGCAGAAUCACAUGAUCAUUUACAGCCACAUGAUGAGGGGACAGUGGGACGUGAGACAUCACAGCCACAUGAUGAGGGGACAGUGGGACGUGAGACAUCACAGCCACAUGAGGGGACAGUGGGACGUGAGACAUCACAGCCACAUGAUGAGGGGACAAUGGGACGUGAGACAUCACAGCCACAUGGUGAAGGGACAAAGGAAAAUGGGACAUCCCAGCCUUAUGGCAAGGGAACGGCAGAAUGUGAGACGUCACAGCCCCUUUCCGUUGUGACAUCACAUGUGAUCUCUGGGCAUAGUGACCAAGAUCUUCAUUGUGGGCAAGUUGAAGUAUGUGCUCCAGAUACCCAUAGUUCUGCUCCAAUAGAACUUCAUACAGAAGAGCCAGGACAUCACUCUCCACUGGCAGAAGCAGUGUCAGGUUCUGUUCCUACGUCUCAGUCUGAAAUUUUGGAAGAGAACUCACCAAGUAAAGAAGCUGAACCUGAUGAAUCACCAGCUGCCACGGGCGGUGAAGCGCUUGACAACUCUACGUACAAGAACCUGCAGCACUACACCUACACACCCUACACCUUUGUGGAUUUUGAUGUGGAACUUUCUCAUGUGAGACUCCAACAGCCGUCCUCAGGGAGACCGUCACCGCGUCACUGAGCUUGUGCAAUAAUCAGUCUGUAAUGUCCAAUAAACUGUUAGUAUAUUCUGCGUGCA